AUGCCCAGUCGGCCCCCUCCAUCCGCUGACCCGCCUCGCCUCCUGGUCAUCGGCGCCGGCUCCCGUGGCCAGGCCUAUGCCCACGGCGUGCACACCGCCACCAACGGCACCAUUGCUGCCGUUGCUGAGCCCCAUGCCUUCAAGCGCGCCCAGUUCGGUCGCAACUAUGUCUGGGGCCCUCGCGGCGACAAGGCCCCCGCCGAGGGUGAGUCGUUCACCUCAUGGACAGAGUUCAUCACCUACGAGAAAGAGCGCCGCCGCCGCGCCGCCGUACCAGGCGCCAAGGGCGUUCCCCGGGGCGUGGACGGUGUAUUCGUCUGUGUGCUGGACGAGAUGCACCGCGAGGUGGUGGUGGCGCUUGCCGCGCUGGGCGGCCUGCACAUCAUGUGUGAGAAGCCGCUGGCCACCACGCUGAGCGACUGCGUGGAGAUGUACCGGGCCCUGCGGGACAACACCGGUGCCGGGGGCGAACCCUGCGUUUUCUCCAUCGGACACGUGCUGCGGUACAGCCCGCACAAUGUCGAGCUGCGCAGGCUGCUGCUUGAGGAGAAGGUCAUCGGCGACGUACUCUCCGUCGUGCAUACCGAGCCCGUCGGCUGGUGGCACUUUACCCACAGCUACGUGAGGGGCAACUGGAGGAGGGAGGACACCACGGCCCCGAGCCUGUUGACCAAGAGCUGUCACGAUGUGGAUGUCCUGCUGUGGUUCCUGUGCUCGCCGGCGAGAUAUGAGGAUGGCGGGCAGAAGGCCGUGCCGCAUCUCCCGUCCACGGUAUCAAGCAGUGGGCGGCUGCAGUACUUCAAGAAGAGCAGGAAGCCUGUCGGCGCAGGAACAGUGACCAACUGUCUACAGUGUCCGGUCGAGGAGACGUGCAAGUACUCGGCAAAGCGCAUCUAUACCGGCGACAAGCCCUUCAUGGGGUUGGGAGCAGGCACCGUUGGCUGGCCUGUGAGCAUCGUGGUCCCCGAGAUUGAGGAUCUCGGGGCUGGUGAAGAGGGCCGAAGGGCUCUCAUGGCGAAGCUGGCUGAGGAUUACGGCCCAGAGAUGCCGGACUCGGAGAUUGCGAAGCGCAACUGGUUUGGUCGGUGCGUCUACGAGAGUGACAACGACGUGGCAGACGAGCAGGUGGUGACCAUCACCUGGGAUGACGAUGUUCUCCCGUCGUCAUCAGAGGGCGGCGACGGAGCUGGUCCCCUGUCGGACAGUCUGGGCGGUCGAGGCGCAAAGCAGGCGACCUUCCACAUGGUGGCCCAGACCAAGCGGCAAUGCGAGCGGUUCACGCGUAUAUAUGGCGUCAACGGGGAGAUCUACGCAGACUCAUACACCAUCACGGUGGAGGACUUCAAUACCGGCAAGACAACCACGCACACACCGCGCAUGGAGAGCAUGGGCCACGGCGGCGGUGAUCUGGGUCUGGCGAGACAGUUCGUGGAGGCUAUCGAUGUGGUCAAGAACAAGCGCGACGAAGGCUGGACGAGCGACAGGGCGCAGAAGGAGAUCAUACGCUGCACGUUGGACGAGGUCAUCAGGAGCCAUGCCAUGGUCUUUUGUGCCGAGGAGGCCAAGAGGGGGAAGAAGGUUGUGGACUGGGCUGAGUGGUGGGCACGGGAGGUCGAGGGCAAACUGGACGCGAAGCAAUAG